AUGUGGACUUUACCGUGGUACGGGAUGAAAAUCAACGACCAAUUCUCCGGCAACAUUGAUCCCGGAACAUUCCUAAGCCCAUCAGCGGUCACACGGCCUCGAUUUCGAUACUGGCUUCCUGAUCCCAGCGUUGAUGAGCAGACCAUGAGAGACGACAUAAAGUCAGCCGCAAAUGUGGGAGCGGGAGGCGUGGAAUACUUGCCUUGGUAUAACGCCGGUGGUUUCCUUGGUCCUGCUCCUCCAGGGGACGACUGGGGCAGAUACGGAGUUGGCACACCUGCAUUUAACAGACUGUUCCAGGCUGCUCUAGAAGCCCAUCGGGAUGCUGGUACGGUGAUGGACUUUGCCAUCGGACCCAAUCAAGGGCAGGGUGUACCGGCGGAUCCCAAUGACGAAGGCCUGCAGUGGGACUUGGUACCAUUAUCGACAGCGAUUCCUGCCAAUGGAACCUUUGCUGGGAUCAUUCCGGGAUGGGGGACCGGUGAACUACUUGCGGUCAUUUCGGCCGAAGUGUUGGAAAGAAUUGAUAACUCCACUGCGUCGUCCGCUGCUCAUGUUCCCCACACUCGUCUGGUUGUCAAAGAAUCUUCGCUCACGGAUCGAACUGAUGAGGUGUCUUCCACUGGACAUCUGUCUAUCACCUAUCCCACGAGAUCCAGCCAACGCACGUACUGGCUGUUCGCAUUCUAUCAACGCUUGACCCAGGAUCAAAAUUUGAUAUUCACGUCGAAUGAAACGGACGCGAUUGUUGAAAACGGAGCAUACAUGGUUGAUCAUUUUAGUUCCCGAGGGGCCGAGACGGUGAUCAAUUUCUGGGAUAAAUACGUCCUGAGUGAGAAUGUGAGAUCCCUGCUUGCUGAAGCGGGAAACUAUGCCUGGGAGGACAGCAUCGAAAUCGAAUCGAAUAUUUCCUGGUCCAGGUCCCUUCCGACCCUGUUUGAGCAGAAGCAUGGAUACAAUCUCAUCAAAUAUUUGCCCUUGAUAAUGUUUGACAACAAUAAUAUUGCCAUCCAGUCAAGCAAUCCGGGGCCCGUCCAGUGCGUUACGGACACGUUCGACGAAGGGAUUCGCUACGUCAACGAUUUUCGCGAAGCACUGGUGGAGGGAUACAGUAAUUAUUUACAAAGACUGACAGAAUGGGUGACAACAGAUCUCGGCCUGCAGAUGUCAGUACAGCCCGCCUACAACCUUCCCAUGGAUAUGGAGGCGACUGUUCCCGUAGUAAACGCACCCGAAUGUGAGAGCCUUGGAUUCCAGGACAAUAUUGAUGGUUACAGGCAGUUCUCUGGACCGGCUAUACUGGCGGGCAAGAGGAUCGUAUCCAACGAAAUGGGCGCCGUGUCCAUGGCUGCAUUCCGGUACCAAAUCUCUAGCCUAUUGUGGUCUAUCAACCGCGCGGUCGUGGGAGGCGUCAAUCAGUUUGUCAUUCAUGGUCUGUCCUAUACUGGGAACUACUGGGCAACAACAUGGCCAGGCUAUACCGCAUUCUCAUAUUUCUACGGUGAAUUGUGGUCCAAUAAACAGCCGGCCUGGGAUCAUGGCUUCGCCGACUUCCUGGGAUACGUGAGCCGGCUUCAAUUCAGUCAACAAGCAGGUCCUCUGAAGACGGAUAUCGCUGUCUACAACAAGCAGUCUGCCACAGACCCUAGCUUCCGCUGGCACGCAGGAAAUAUGACUCGGCUGAUUGAUGCAGGCUAUAGUUACAACUACCUAUCCCCUGAAAACUUGGACCUUGAGCAAGCAUAUGUCGGGAACAUGACACUUGGACCGGACAGCCCAGCUUACAAGGCCCUACUUAUUUACGGCACAUCAAAUGUAACAUACAAGUCCAUCAGUAAGAUUCGACACUUCGCAGAGGCGGGAUUACCGGUCAUCUUAGUUGGCAGAGAUCCGCCCCAAUACGCCACUGCUAGCGCUCCUAGUCACGCAAUCUUCACAGAGGCUAUAUCUGAGCUGAAACACACCAAGAACGUCUUUGCGGUCUCCGAAGGCGAGCUGAUUGGAAGGUUAGCUUCUCUCAACCUGGAUCCUCGAAUUCGAGUACAAACCAACAGCACCUGGUACACGACCUGGCGUGAGUCAGUCAGGGAAGAUGUCCAGUUCGCAUUCGUCUAUAAUGACGGUGAUGCCAGCACUGGCCACCUUGUGGUGUCCAGCGACAAAACCCCACAUCUUCUUGACAUGUGGACUGGGCUUUGUAAGCCGAUACUUGAGUACCAUCAGGCUAACGGCAAAACCCUCAUUCCUCUCGCACUUGAGGCAAAUCAGACUACUUUGAUCGCUUUUAGCGGGCCUUCCGUUCAGUGGUUACGUGCACCGGCGAUUCACGCGAUUCAGGCCCCUUCCACGAUCCAAGGGUACGAGUUUGAAAAAAACUCCUCCGACUCCCUUGAGCUUCAUGUCACCGCUGGACCGAUUGACCGGCCUCUUGUCCUCUCCGACGGCCGAAACUACACCUUCCCUCCUGGCGAGAGAGUAGGAAAGAGUUUCAGUCUCGGCAACUGGUCCCUCACGGCGGAGCACUGGGCCUCUCCGGCCAACUUGUCCGAUGCCUCCCAGAUCGCUUAUAAGUUUAAUACCACCCAUCACUUAGACGCUCUCGUCCCAUGGACUCAGAUACCAAGCCUCACGAAUGCAUCUGGACUGGGGUAUUACAGUACCAGCUUCGAUUGGCCACCCCACACGGGCUCGGCAGACGGUGCAUAUAUCCUGCUCCCUAAGGUCCUGCAUACUCUUCGUGUGAAGGUCAACGGCCACCAAAUACCACCACCCGACUACAAUGCACCCAAGUUAGAUAUCGGCUCUUACUUGCAGAAGGGGCGAAACGAAGUCGUGAUUGAGGUUCCCACCGUAAUGUGGAAUUAUAUUCGAAGCAUCUUUGAUCGCAUCGUAAUGGCAGGUUAUCCACCGCUUAUUAGCCUCACCGAUCCCAGGCACUUGCCGGAGCCCGUCAACACAGGCCUCAGUGGAACCGUGCAAGUCGUACCGUACGUGAAAUGGCGUGUCAACCUUUGA